AUGCCUUUAUUGCGCAUUUUCGCCAACAAAUAUUCCCCUCGCAGAAACGCCAGUGCCUAUAGCACACAGCCUGCUUCGCCGUCGUCAAAGCCACUCCUCGCACCGCAACCGUCUCCACCUUCCUCAUCCGCCACCUCCUUCUCCUCCUCUCCGCUCGCUACGCCAUCAACGUCCCGAACAGCCUACCGCCGCCUUUCCCUGCAAGAUAUCCACCUCCUCACCCGCAUCCUUUCACUCUCUUCGUCCUGCGGCCCCGAUGACUUCCGAAUAGUCGACAAGCAAUCUUCACGGGGUUCCACGCCGAAGGGAGAUACCGCCGGCGGUGCGAAGACAGCAAGCUCUGGAGGCUGCGGCGAUGACGAUGGCGAUGGUGGUGAUAAGGGAGGAACACCUCCUGUCUCACCUCAGCUCCUGCCGUCGUCGCUGUCCCCAAUCACGAACGAAACAAUCAGACGCAUCCGCACGCGCCUGCGCAUCGCGGAGCUGCCCUCCCACCUGCGGCAGUGCAUGAGCCCAGCGACAGCGGCGACAGCUGUGGCGGCGGAGGCUGGUUCGUGGGCCUCUGGUCUGGGAUUGAUGGUCGUGGAGGGUGAUUAUGACAAAGAGGGAGCAGAGGAUGAUGAUCUACGGGUAAAAGAGGUAUUAGCGCUGCUCGGGCGGGCGAAGGGGGAGUUGGUCUCUUGGUUCGAGAACGAGCGACGGACCGUCAUCGCAACUGUCAACGCCAUUAUCGUCAUCGUUCUUGUCCCCGUCAGCACCUACAAGCUCUCCGCCGCGGAGCGCUGCGCCAAGAAGCGGCACACCUCGGACAUCCUCUUCCGCGCCGACCACACCUUCGUCGCCUGGGAGAACGUCGUCAUCGCACCUCCGCAACGCCUGCCCUGCUUGUGUCCUCACUCACGUCGGCAGCGCACCGGCGCUCAUUCUGGCGCUGCGCGUCUCGCUGCUGGCGUGGUGCCGAUGGGAGCGCCUGGCCAAGGGAUCGAAGCGGUUGGCGUGGGUGGAUGGGUGGAUGUGGUGGGCGUGUAUGCGCGAGGCUGCGGCUGA